AUGCCGUACUAUGCUGGCGGGGAUCUACGCUGUUUCAUUGCACGAAAAAGACGCCCAGAAGAUGAACCUUCCACUGAAGAGUUGGAUUGUUUAGCCAUUCAAGUCCUGCGCGCGGUGGGUUUUCUACACGAAAACGAUAUUGCCCAUGGUGAUAUCAGGCCAGAACAUAUACUUUUAACGGCCAGAGGCUCGGUGAAACUGGGCGGGUUUGGCGAAGACCGAGAAGCAAUUCGAGAGAUAGUCACACUCACAAAAGAUGAGAGUCCUGAGUUGUCCGUUUCGGUACCAAACCCUGACCCAGCUCCGGAUUCCAAAUAUGUGCCAACUCUGUGCAUGCGGCAAACAGCCUCGUAUUCCAGUGUUCCUUAUCUUCCUCCCGAGAGGUUUCCCCGUCGUGGUGCUCGCCGUCGAAGCCAUGAGAAUCAAGAUAUCUAUGAUUUCAAAGCUGGAGAUAUAUGGGCAUGCGGCGUAAUCUGCAUGUUACUUCGAUCGGGCCGCCUCCUAUGGCUCAGCGCUCAUACGGUUCAUCCUGAGGAAGCCUUUGCUGAUUAUCUCCGCUGUCGUCUGGAGGAAGAUGGCUAUGGUCCCAUACAGGCUCUGAGAUUAUUUCCUUCUAGCGAGGCUGAUUACGAGAAUAAUAUCUAA